AUCAAGCAAGCACAGAUAACGUUCACCCUCAUGGUCCAUACUACAGCCAACACGGAAAAAUCGAGCAAUAUUUGUCGAAAUUUAAAAUGUUUGGAUCGACGUUCGGAAGCACAACCAGCAGCAUUGGCAGUAAAAUGCCGUUGAGCCUUGGUUUAGGCACAUUACAAAAUCCGAUGAAGGAUGUGGAAGUUGCGUCCCCCCCGGAUGAUAGUGUCAGCGCUAUAAAGUUCAGUCCUAAAGCUAACUUCUUUGUCGCAUCUUCAUGGGCAAACGAUGUUCGAUGUUGGGAGAUCACAAGCAAUGCCGCUGUCCCGAAAGCACAACAAACACAUCAAGGGCCAAUUUUAGAUUGCUGUUGGCAUGAUGAUGGAAGCAAGGUGUUCACAGCAGGUGUCGACAAGCAAUGUAAAAUGUGGGAUUUAGGUAGCAAUCAAUGUGCAGUUGUUGCUCAGCACGACCAGCCAAUCAAAACGGUGAAUUUCGUCCAAGCACCUAACUAUUCCUGUAUAGUAACAGGAAGUUGGGACAAGACGCUGAAAUUCUGGGACAUGCGACAGGCAACCCCUGUUGCGACAUUUCAACUGCCAGAACGAUGCUAUUGUGCAGACAUUGUAUAUCCCAUGGCGAUUGUUGGCACGGCCCAACGAGGGAUCCUUUGCUACCAAUUGGAUAACCAACCACGUGAAUUUAAGAAAAUAGAAUCUCCGUUGAAAUAUCAACACCGUUGUGUGACGAUUUUCAAAGAUAAGAACCACCAGCCAACAGGAUUCGCUUUGGGAUCCGUUGAGGGAAGAGUGGCAAUCCAUUAUAUUAAUCCAACAAAUCCGAAAGAUAAUUUCACUUUCAAAUGCCACAGAAGUAAUACAACCAGUUCAAGUAGUAUGCAAGAUAUAUACGCUGUUAACGGCAUAUCAUUUCAUCCUCAAUUUGGCACGUUAGCGACCGUUGGAUCAGACGGCAAGUUUAGUUUUUGGGACAAAGACGCUCGUACGAAAUUAAAGACUUCAGAUCCUGCGGCAAGUUUACCAAUAUCCGCAUGUGGUUUUGACUCGUCUGGUACCAUUUUCGCCUACUCCGUCUGCUACGACUGGUCAAAGGGACACGAAUACUUCAAUCCAUCCGUAAAACCGAUGAUUUUACUUCGCAGUUGCAUGGACGAACUAAGGCCGAGAGGAAAAAAAUAGAACACUUUGACUUCGUCUUUCAAAAAGAAACGUUUUCGCAAGGCUGAAACACUUCAGUUUACUGUUGAAAUGAUAUCGUAAAACAGUAACCGAAAGCUUGUUUAUAUCAGCGCUGGUGCCAUUGAUGAUGACUGGACUAUUCGUAAUUACUAUUGUAAUUAUUUCAGCGUCAAAAGUAGCUUUAUUAAGCAUUUCUAUAAAACUUUUUGUGUAACAGCCUGCUGUUUAACUUGCAACAAAUCUAUGAUCCAUGCAGAUGCGCUGUGUGUAGUUUUUAGAAUAAAUACUACUCGUUUCUGGACUGUCUAUGACACGACAUAUACUAUAAAAACAGUGCUGAAUAUUUGGAAUGCAGUUUUACUGAUGCAGUUUUGCUUCGUGAU